AUGGUUGAUUUUCAAGAUUCAACGCCAUCUGAUAUUGAUCAAAUGAUUAUAUCAAUCGAUGAUACAUCAAAUGAUCAUCUCGAACCUAUUGGCAAUAUUGAAAAUUCUAAUAUUCAACAAUACCAUGGAAAGAGGCCCAGAAUUUCUCGCCGUAAUUUUAACAUUCUUGGAAUGACCUCCUCAGAAGAGCCUAGCAUAUGCUCAAAUGUUCAUCUCCUUGCUAAAAAUUCAGAAGAAUCUACACAAUUAAAUAUUUCAUACAGUUCUUCUGCUGGCUCAAGUUAUUCUGUAAAUUUGUCGAAAGGAAAGUCAACAAAUGCACCAACAGAGACAAGUCAACUUUCUGAACAACUUAUGGUCCAACAGCUAUAUUUCUAUGACAUUGAACAUGAAUUCGAGAAUCGCAUUGUUGACUCAAUCAGAAUGGAUCCUUAUAUUAUUGCUCAACUUAUGGAUCUCCUUCGUGUAAAUCCAUAUUCAACAUUUUUUCGAUCUAUUGGUGAUUUACCAAAUUUAGAAUAUCAAAAAAUCUGUAUAAAAUCAGAUCCUGGUUUAGAUCAACGGGUGUUUAAUGCCCCAACAUCAUCAGAAGUUGCAGCUAUUUGGGUUGAAAAUGAUGAUUCAGAACAUUUAACACCUCGUGAUAUUUUCGUAUUUAAUCAUGUUGGCGGGAGUCAUUUAGUUCAAUAUUAUUUUGGAUGCUAUGAUCCACUUCAGUAUCCUCUGUUGUUUCCUCUCGGAGAUAUUGGAUGGCACCAAGGCAUACAAAGAAUUAACAAAAGAAUUGCAUCUGUAUCUGCCAAUAACUGCACAACUCAAUUAAUUGAUCCUCAUCAAUCAACAUCAGCAGAAGAAUUACUCAGAAGAGAAGAACAAGUUUUAAAGAAAAAGAGAAAAGAUCCCAUUAUUUCUUGCCGUGAAUAUUACUGUUACAAGUUGCAAAUUAGAGAAAAUCUGAAAUCUAUUCUUCUAAUCUCUGGCCGACUUCUUCAACAAUUUGUUGUUGACAUGUAUAUCAAGAUAGAGACUUCAAGGUUAGAUUAUUUUCGUUGCAAUCAACAACAUAUUCGAUCUGAAUUAUAUCAAGGCAUUGUUGAUAGCAUUAAUCUUGGACAAACAAAUGCUUCAAGAAUUGGGAAACGUAUAAUUUUGCCUUCAUCUUUUAUUGGAGGACCAAGAGAUAUGCAAAAAAGAUAUUUAGAAGCAAUGGCUUUAGUUCAACGAUAUGGCAAACCAGAUAUUUUUUUGACAAUGACAUGUAAUCCAAACUGGAAAGAGAUCUCAACUCAAUUGUUACCACAUGAGGAAACCCAAAAUCGACCUGACUUAAUUGCUCGAAUUUUUAGAGCAAAAUUAGAGGAUCUGAAGUAUGAACUAUUCAAACGAGAAAUAUUUGGAAAAAUCUCAGCAUAUGUUUAUGUUAUUGAGCACCAAAAAAGAGGACUUCCACAUGCUCAUUUCUUAAUUAUAUUGCGUCAAGAUUGGAAAUUAUACGCACCAGAAUCUUUUGAUGAGAUCGUAUCUGCUGAAUUACCUGACAAAGACAACAACUUACAUCUCUAUACAGCUGUUAUUAAGCAUAUGAUGCAUGGCCCAUAUGGAGUUCUAAAUCCAACAAAUGUAUGCAUGAAAAAAAAUGGUUGUUGCAAAAAUAAUUACCCAAAACAGUUUGUCUCAAACACUGUUGUUGGAAAUGAUUGCUUCCCAAUAUACAAACGCUGCAACAAUGGAAGAACAGCCAAAAUCAGAGGACAUGAUUUAGAUAAUCGUUGGGUUGUUCCAUAUAACCCUUAUUUACUUGCAAUGUUUGACUGCCAUAUUAAUGUUGAGAUAUGUUCUACAAUAAAAGCUGUCAAGUAUCUCUACAAAUACAUUUAUAAAGGCCAUGAUCGUGUUGCCUUCAAUCUGGUUUCUGAACAAAGCACUCAACGGAUUGAUGAAAUUGAAAGAUUUCAAUCAGCUCGAUGGAUUACUCCACCAGAGGCUAUGUGGAGAAUAUUUGGCUUUAUUAUCAAUGAGGUUCAUCCAGCAGUCUAUAGCUUACAUUUACAUCUUGAAAAUCAGCACCAAGUUACUUUCCGUGCACAUGAAAACUUAACAAAUGUGAUAAACUCUGACUUUUCAGCAAAGUCAAUGCUGACUGAAUUUUUCGCAACAAAUCAAGUUGAUCAGAAUGCCAGAAAAUUGUUGUAUAAAGAAUUUCCUGAAUUUUAUGUUUGGAGCCAACAAUACAAAAUGUGGAUUAUUCGGAAAAAACAGUUUGUGAUAGGUCGAAUUGUUACAGCAAAUCCUUUUGAAGGAGAAAGGUAUUAUCUGCGGAUGUUAUUAAAUCAUAUAAGAGGUCCUUUAUCAUUUCAUCAUCUCAAAACUGUCAAUGGUAUCUUGGCCCCCACAUUUCGUGAAGCUGCAACUAUGUAUGGUUUAUUACAGAGAGAUGACAGUUUAGAAGAAUGCUUAUAUGAAGCCUCUCUUUACCAAAUGCCUUUCAGUUUAAGAAGACUAUUUGCAACAAUUUUGGUUUACUGUAAUCCUACAAAUCCAAGAGAUCUCUGGGAACGCUUUGAACAAGAUAUGUCUGCUGAUUUUUAA